GAGAGAUUGAAUCGUUACAGCAAUUAAAAAUCUCAUUCCAUUUAAGAAAAAAAAGAAAAAAAAAAAAAAAAGUCACCUUUUCCUUCAAAUCACAAGAGAUUAGGUUGAUUUGGAUAUCAUUCCGCGAUGGAAAAGGUAGAGUUACCAGUUCACGAGCAUCCUUUGUUCAUCUUUGAUCGGAUUUGUAUGGACACUUGUAAAGGAUGCAGUGUUUUUGGUUAUUUUUACGGUGGCUAUGUUUGCAAUGAGGUAGGUUGUGAUACCCUCUUCCAUAAGGAGUGCGUCGAGUCGGUACCAGAGAUCAAACACCCUUCCCAUCCUCAACAUCCUCUCAAGCUCAACCUGAAAUGUGGACGGUUUUGUUGUAGUUUGUGUAUAAGUGGAUUGCAAGUUGGUUAUCAUUGUUCAAUAUGCGACUUCAAUGUGCAUUUGGUUUGUGCAAGAAGACCUCCAUCCUCAACUUCAUCCUCAUCCUCAUCUUCGCCGCUACCUACUAGUGUUGAUAAUUCCAAAGUGCAUCAGCAUCCACUUCUACUCUCUAAGAACGUGGAGACGUUCUUACUAAAGGAAGGGCGCAAUUGCAACAUGUGCAACACGAAUAUCAAAAUCAAUGAAAAACAACUUUGUGAAUGUCGUCUGUGCAAUAUCCUUUUCCAUUUGGAUUGUGUCGGGCUCAUUCCAAACGUAUACCAAACUUCUCAUCCGAAACACCCUCUCAAGUUUCUCCAAUACGGAGCACCAGAGUAUGCUCACGAGAAAUGCCUUCUUUGCAAGAAGAAGUUCAAAAAGUUAUCUAACAACUAUGAUCGAGUUUACCACUGCGAUGUUUGUAAUGUCACCAUUUGCAAGGAUUACUGUAUGGCGAAACCACCGCCAGUUUCUGUUGUGAGUCCUACGACCCAUGAGCAUCAACUCCACCUUGUUCCAAGACUAGUCAAUUUUACUUGCAACGCUUGUGGGACGGCUGGUGAUCGAAGUCCUUAUUUUUGUCUUCAAUGCAAUUUCAUGAUCCAUCGAGCUUGUAUUGAUUUACCCCGCGUGAUAAAUAUCAAUCGUCAUAAUCAUCGCAUCUCUUACACUAGUCUUCUUGGACACGGGAAUUGGACAUGUGGAGUUUGUCGUAAGAAAGUAGAUGGGUUUUAUGGGGCUUAUUCUUGCUCGAAAUGUCCUAGCUAUGCUGUUCAUGCAAGAUGCGCGACGAGAAAGGAUGUAUGGUACAAAGUUGAACUAGAAGGAACACCGGAAGAGGAGGAAAUUGCGCCAUUCGAGGUGGUCGAUGAGAAUCUGAUCAAGCACUUCAUCCAUGGCCAUAAUUUAAGACUCAACAAGGAUGGUAACCACGAAAGCAAAUUUUGUGAAGCAUGUGCCUCCAAAAUCAAUAACGAUCCGUUUUAUGGUUGUGAGCAAUGCGACUUUAUUCUACAUGAAACAUGUGCUAGUCUGCCUAGAAAGAUAAGGCAUGUAUCCAACAAUAAACCUUUAAUUCUAUCGACAGAUACAUAUUUGAAAGAUUCUCCACGCCAAAGAAGACAUUGUUCUGCUUGUUUCCAGAAUUUCAGCGGUUUUAGGUACGAAACUCAGUCUCGUAAUUUGUUUGGUUCCGCUACUCUAGAUGUUCGUUGUAGUUCGAUAUAUGAACCAUUUCUCCAUGAAAGCCAUCCACAUCCUUUAUACUUCAGUCUUGAGGGGGAUACAAAAUGUUCUGCAUGUGACAUCACAUAUAGCGCCAGGGAUAUGUUGUGUUGUGAUGAGUGUGAAUUUCGGUUGGACUUCCGCUGCGCUACUUUACCUAGAAAGGUAAUGAAUCAGAGGUACGACGAUCAUCCUCUCUACUUGUCUUACGGUGAAAAUAAGGAAGAUGGUCAACUUUGGUGUGAGGUAUGUGAAACAAAAGUAGAUCCAAAGGAAUGGUUGUAUACAUGUAAUCUAUGUGGAAUCAUUUUGCACAUAUCGUGUGUCGUGGGAGACUUCUCAUAUCACGUACCAGGACACAUUUCAUCGAACAAAAUCGCAAAUGGAGUAGUGGUACCCAACACUUCUAUUUGUAGACCCCAUUGUUCUAGGUGUUCUUCAAGAUGCAAGCUUCCUUAUAUACUUCAAAUCAACGACUUUUACUUUUGUUCUAAUAAGUGUUGUGGGAAUACUCGCAACCCUAGGGGUCGUAAUUACUACUAA